GCCCAUCUGGCUUUGCUCUUCACUCGCUUUUGUCGCUCCGCAAAUAUCUUAUCGUGAACAUUCCAAUCGUUUUCCCUCAACAAGUCGAGUAACAGGUUACUCUCGCGUUUGCAGCGUUCGGCAAUAUGUAUGAAAACAGUUCCAAUAUACGUCUGACCGAAGCGCCUCCGCCAUAUGAAGACAUAAAAUCUCCGGGCUCUCCCUCCAAAGCCAACCCUAAGUACUGGGGUCGGAAAGUAUGGAUUGGCGUCGCUGUUGGCGCUAUUGUUAUACUCAUUGCAGUAAUCGUCGGAGCUGUGCUUGGCGUUCGGGCGAAUGCGUACCCAAAUUAUAGCAAAUUGACCUAUUCACUAGCAGACGACUACUCGGGAACUGGGUUCUUCGAUAACUUUGAUUAUUUUACUGGUUAUGAUCCUUCGAGCGGAUUCGUACAUUACGUCGAUUCCGCAGGCUCCCAAUCCCUUAACCUCACCUAUGCCUCCUCCUCCACCGCUAUCCUCCGCGUCGACACUUCCGACACUGACGCCAGCACCGGCCGCAAAUCCGUGCGCAUCACCUCGAAGAAGCAGUACUCCUCUGGCCUCUUCGUUUUCGAUAUCGUCAACACCCCAUACGGCUGUAGCACGUGGCCCGCCCUUUGGCUCUCCGAUGCUUCCAAUUGGCCGACCAACGGAGAGAUUGAUGUGGUCGAAGCGGUGAAUGGCGCCACGAGCGGGAAUCAGGUUACCCUGCAUACGACCAAAGGCUGCGAAAUGGACCGCAAGCGCAAAGAAACCGGCAAGGUCCUCCACAAAAACUGCUACAACGGCACCAAUAGCAACGCAGGCUGCGGCGUGCAAGGCGCCGAGGAUACCUUCGGACAGGCCUUCAAUACGAAUGGUGGCGGCGUGUACGCAAUGGAGUGGCGCUCGGCGGGUAUCCGCGUGUGGUUCUUUGCGCGCUCGAAAAUCCCCUCAGAUAUCACUACCGGCUCGUCGCCCGACCCUUCGUCGUGGGGUACUGCGUUGGCGGAUUUCCCGAACACGGAUUGCAGCAUCUCAAGCCACUUCAGGAAUCAGAGCAUCAUUGCGAAUAUUGAUCUUUGUGGCGCUUGGGCGGGCAGCACCGAGGUGUAUAGUACCCAGGACGGGUGUCCGGGGACAUGCACGGAUUUUGUGACGACGAAUGCGACGGCGUUUGAGACGGCGUUUUGGGAGUGGAAUAGUUGGAAGGUUUAUACUGCUGCUUGAGAGUACAGUGGCCUUUAAUUGAAUGGAGCUGUAGAAUGAUGUUCGGACCAUGUGGAGGAUCUUAUAAUGUCUUUUUGAUACCCGGAGUAAUGGGCGGCUAGGCAUGGCAUGGUAACAUCCAAUCGUUUUAAAACAA